AUGGUGGCUCCUUGUGGAGGCGUUAAGAAGUCAGGUUUAGAAUGUGAAAGUUCCAAAUAUGGAAUAGAGGACUAUCUUGAGAUAAAAUACAUUUGGAUGCGAAGAGAACUGAAGUUUCUACGUCUCUUGCGGUUAAUCCGAGUCAGCGAUGAUCUCCUUGAUCACAUCGUGCUACGGUAUCCUGUUGCGCCAAGGUGGAAAAGUCGUUGAUGUGCCAGCUCACGUGAUAUGCCAUGUCAACGUCAUUUCUUAUUUAAAAAAUAAUAACUUUUUAGAAGAAAAAAGGAGGAGGGUGGACUCGAACCCGUGACCUCCCUCUUACAAGACAAGCAACUUAACCAAUUGUGCUAGAUGUCUUUCUUGCAUUUUCUUCUGUUGGAAAUGGUUUCAAAUGUCAUUAGCUGUUUUUGUAAUAUUUCUAAUAAUAGCAGGGUCAUUUUGAUUG